AUGGCUGCCAUUCUUGAACUCACUUCCACUCAAUUAUCCAACCCUGCUGAUCCUUCUAAACCUCUCAUUGUCAUCAACAUGCACAACGUUCUCAAACUCACACCUCAAAACUACCUCUCCUGGAAACUCCAGGUUGAAGCUCUCCUUGUAGGCCAUGAUCUCUUUGCCUUUGUUGACAGUAGCAAACCCUGUCCUUCUCCCGUCACCACAACUAAUGGCACUGAACUUUCAAACCCCGAGUACACGUUCUGGACUCGUCAGGAUCAUCUCUUAUUUGGUGCUCUCAUUGGUGCCAUUUCUCCAAACCUGGUUCCUCUUAUAUCCCAAGCCAAAACUUCUGCUCAAUUGUGGGAUAAACUGCGCAACACUUAUGCCCUUCCAUCCCGUGGCCACAUUAAACAACUCAAGAUAAGUUUAACCAAAAAGAAGAAAAAACGGCAUGAUAGUGAUAGUGAUGCUUCUAGUAGUGAUGAUGACACUCAUAAUAAGAAUAAGAUCGAUGAUAAAGGUAUCAAGCUUGAUGAUUUUACGGGUCUAGGAAGCCCCGAAGAUUUUCUUGAGUGGGCGAGACACUUAGAGAAAAUUUCAGAUUAUAAAGGUUUUGAUGAUUCUCAACGUUUCAAAAUUGCUUAUAUACGACUCACUAAGAAUGCGGGAAUUUGGUUCGAUAAUUUAAAGACUCGACGUGCUAGAGCAGGGAAGGAUAAGAUCAAGACAUGGACAGUUUUGAAGAAGAAGAUGCCUUUAAAAAUUGAAAGUCAUUGGCUCGAAGAUAAGAAGAGCACAAGUACAAAGAGUUUUGGUACCAAGUUCUCACAAGAGACCAAAACAAGCAAAACUUUCAAGCCUUUUAAACCGAGUUCCUACGAGUCUAAGGGAGAAAGCUCAACAAGUGGAGAAAAGAAAUUUGUUAAGAUAUCUAAAGAAGAGUUCGAAUCCCGAAUUAGGUGUUUCAAAUGUCAAGGAAAGGGACAUAGGUCGGAUCAAUGUCCUUCCAAGAAAGCUCUCACAAUAAGACAAUACGAACAACAAGUAGAAGAAGAGAAACACAUAGUUUUUGGGUGUGACGAUGAGGAAUCCGAAACUAAGGCAACAAGUAGUGAGGAAGAGAACGAUGAGAUUGAUCCCGAAGAUGAUGAACAAGUGCUUGUGUUAAGGAAGAUCCUCCAUGCCGAAGCAAACCCUAACAAAUCUCAACGUGAAAACUUAUUCCAUACUCGUUGCAAAGUAGGAGAUAGAUCAUGCAAGGUGAUCAUUGAUAGUGGUUCAUGUACCAAUGUGGCGUCCACAGAGAUGGUUACUAAGCUCAACCUUCCAACAAGAGUACAUGAGAAUCCUUACAAGUUGAGUUGGCUUGAUGAUUCUAAGGGACUUCAUGUGAAGAAACAAGCCUUAGUAAGCUUUUCCAUUGGGAGACCUUGGCAAUUUGAUCGUCAAGUUACACAUGAUGGUGAGGCAAAUACUUAUUCGGUCAAAAUAGGAAACAAAAGGUUCAAACUCAAUCCUCUACCCCCUAAUUCAAGCUACGGUCAUACCAAAGAUAAAGAGAAGCAAGUGCCGAAUUUCUUUUUGAAUGCUAAGGAACUUGAGAGUGAAGUAGAAAAGGGAGCCACGGUCUUUGCCUUAGUGAUAAAAGAGGCGAAAUCCACAAGUUCCUCAACAAACAUGCACAUAGAAGAGUUGCUAGAUGAAUUUAAGGAUGUGUUCCCAGAGGAACUUCCUAAAGGUCUACCUCCUUUGCGUGGAAUAGAGCAUGCUAUUGAUCUUAUUCCCGGAGCUCCUCUACCUAAUAAACCAGCCUAUAGGUGCGAUCCUACGGCUUCCCAAGAGCUUCAAAGACAAAUAGAGGAAUUGAUUGAAAGAGGCUAUGUUCGUGAAAGCAUGAGCCCUUGUGCGGUUCCAGCUUUACUAGUUCCAAAGAAAGAUGGUACAUGGAGAAUGUGUAUUGAUUCAAGAGCGGUCAACAACAUUACUAUCAAGUAUCGAUUUCCUAUGCCACGACUAGAAGAUAUGCUUGAUGAGUUACAUGGUUCUAUCAUAUUUUCCAAGAUCGAUCUUAGAAGUGGCUACCAUCAAAUGCGAAUUAGAGAAGGAGAUGAAUGGAAGACUGCUUUCAAAACUAAGCAAGGAUUAUAUGAAUGGAUGGUCAUGCCCUUUGGGCUAUGCAAUGCGCCAAGUUCAUUCAUGAGGCUCAUGAACGAGGUACUUAGACCCUUCUUAAAUAAGUUCAUUGUCGUUUACCUUGAUGAUAUAUUAGUCUAUAGUCGAGAUAAUAUUGAACAUAUUGAUGCUAAGAAACGGCUUGAAGUUUUUAAGAGGACAUGUGAACAAGUUAAAGUAAGGAUUGAGAAGAUGAAUAACGUCUACAAAGAAAGGUCAAACAAAAAGCGCAAGCAACCUACAUUCAAGCCGGGAGAUCUUGUUUGGUUACACUUAAGGAAGGAAAGAUUUCCAAACAAAAGGAAGAACAAGCUCAUGCCUAGAGCUGACGGCCCUUUUGAGGUUUUGGAAGUUUAUGGUGAUAGUGCUUACAAACUUGAUUUACCAAGCGAAUAUGGUAAUAUGAUGUGA